AGCAGCAAGGGAACGUCAUCGUGCCAAUGAACACUUGUUUUGACUCGGGGUGUCGGAUUUAAUGUCUCAUCCGAAGGAACCGCAACUUUCACGUCGAAAUACAGAGCGCUUGAGGGCGAAAGAACAGUGGCUUCUCAUUUUUAUCGAUAGGUCAGUCGCGACCGAAUUUCAAACUCACGAUCUCCCGAUCUCAAAGCGAACACUCUACCGACUGAGCUAUUGUAAAUUAUCGCUUAUAAAAAUACAAGGCUGUAGAACCUACCAUGCUUAAAAAAAUUAAGAAAAUUGUCAAUGCUGAAAAUUAAUUUACAUCAAUAAAUAAUGCGCUGGAUGCGCCUGAAAAGUAAUUUUAAUUGAUAAAGACUAAAGAAAACUAAAAAAAUCUAAUAUAAAUAACGGCAUUUUGUAAAUUCUGUACAAAACAUCCUUUGAAUAGUUACAAAUAUAGCAACAAUCUAGGAAGAUUUUAUUUUUGCGUGACUGUAUACAAUGAGAGAGGACUAAUAAAUGUUUUUAAAUCACAAGGAAGAAUUUCUGUUUUCCAUAUCUCCGUUGGAAUUUGAUUAAUUAUAAGUGAGUAUUCAUUUCUUGGGGGUACAUACAACUGUACAUAUAUUUGUCCUAUAGCUAGUUAAAGUUAAGUUUUUCCUUAUUUCAGAAAUAUUAGAAAAUGCAACAUGGAAUGGAAGAAAUGCAAUACUGGAUCAGCGAGACAGCGACGAAGCAUUAGAAAUUUUUAAAAGACAACACCUUCAAGGAAAGGGAAUGCGUACUGUCUUUCUACUCGAUACAUCAGAGAGCAUGGCCGGAGAGGGGUAUAGGCAAAUGAAAAGAAGUUUCUUGGACAUUUUAAACGAAAUCGCUGAUCACAGGGAGGAAGAUGAAAACGUGGCAGUUCUGUGUUUUGGUCAAGAAGUCAAGUUUCUCCACUAUCUAUCAAACAACUAUGCAUCAAUAAGGAAGUGUAUCGAUAGAGUUGAAUGCAGGGGAAGUUCUCCUAUGGAAGCCGGAAUCCUUCUGGCCACAUCAUGUUUUCUCAAUAGAAGCAACCUUAUUACGGGUAUUAUUCCGACUUCAAGACUGAUCGUGAUUACAGAUUGCCGACCGACAGACCCCAUAGACAUUGACAAACCCGAAUCCCCAGCUGUCUCUGAAAAUCCAUUUAGUACUUUUAUAACAAGAUUACGAGCAACUGUGACUGGAACGGCAAUGCUGGGUCCUAUGUUGUUUAUUCCUGUUGGAUCAAAUCCAAAUAAG